CAGAAUCUGAAAAGGUGGCUAAUGUUAUUAGCAGUGUUGGCUUCACUGCAAUUGGCACAUGCUGCCUAUUUCUCGCAGUUCUCAAUGCGGGAACCUGACCAUGAUCCAUGCUAUGAGCCCACUGGACGGCCAGUUAGAUGUGUACCGGAGUUUAUUAAUGCGGCUUUUGGUAAACCGGUCAUCGCUUCAGAUACUUGUGGUAUGAACGGUCCAUCCAGGUUUUGCACCAUAAAAGAAGGCGAUGAUGGUAUAAUGCGAGAAAGAUGUGAAACAUGUGAUGCAUCAGCGCCAGAGCAAUCACACCCUGCUUCACUGCUCACCGACUUGAACUCUCCAGGAAAUAUGACUUGCUGGGUGUCGGAGCCUUCACUCAAUCCUCAAAAUGUUUCUCUUACUUUGUCACUGGGAAAGAAAUUCGAGCUUACUUAUAUCUCGAUGUAUUUCUGUUCACGCUUGCCUGACUCUAUGGCAUUGUAUAAGUCAACUGAUCAUGGCAAGUCAUGGAUUCCAUUCCAGUACUACUCUUCUGAUUGCAAGAAAACGUUUGGAAAGACACCUGACGUUGCCAUAACAAAACAUAACGAGCAGGAGGCAGUGUGUACAAACGCACAUAACAUCGCUCCAGGUGGGAACCGAAUCGCUUUCCCUUUCUUAGAGAAUCGUCCAUCAGCGCUACUAUUUGAGUCAUCUCCUGUGCUUCAAGACUGGGUGACAGCCACGGACAUACGAAUUACUUUCACACGUUUGACUCCUGAUCAGAGGAAUCUAUACGGCGUAUCCAAUAAUGUGGAAAAAUUAUCAACCAACAAUACUAGUGAUACAAAUAAACAACGCUACUUUUACUCAAUGGGAGAGCUGGCAGUAGGUGGUAGAUGCAAGUGCAAUGGUCAUGCCAGCCGAUGCAUAUUCGACAAGAUGGGCAGGUUCACCUGUGACUGCAAACACAAUACAGCCGGAACGGAGUGUGAGACAUGCAAACCGUUUCAUUUCGACCGUCCCUGGGGGCGAGCCACCUCACAAAACGCAAAUGCUUGCGUAGCGUGCAACUGCAAUCUGCACGCAAAGCGAUGCCGUUUCGAUCAAGAACUGUAUCAACUCAGUGAGAGCCGAAGUGGUGGUGUGUGCAUAAAUUGUCGGCAUAACACCAUUGGACGUAACUGUCAUCUUUGUAAGCCAGGAUUCUUUCGUGACAUCAGCAAACCUAUUACCAACAAGAAAGCAUGCAAAAGUUGUGGCUGUCAUCCAGUUGGAUCACUAAGCAAAAGCUGUAAUCAGACGUCUGGACAGUGUGUUUGUAAACAGGGAGUGACUGGGUUGACAUGCAACCGAUGUGCAAAAGGUUAUCAACAGAGCAGGUCGACCAUAACUCCAUGCAUCAGAGAAUGUCCCAAAUGCAGAGUUAUGCCGAAACGGUUGAAUCAGAAAAAAUAUUGCAAGCGAGAUUACGCCUUGCAAAUCGUAGUGAUAGGCAGAGAAAUGGUGGACGGUUGGGCGCGAUACCGUGUGGUGGUGGAGAACAUGUUCAAGCGUGGUAUGCGUGCAAGACGAGGAGAAACAUCACUCUGGAUGUCUACACAUUCGGUGAUGUGUAAAUGCCCGAAAAUUCGGAUCGGUCAUCGAUACAUACUACUUGGUUGGUUUAAGCACACUUGCUUUAUGAUGGCGCGACAGGAGAUGCUGCGGUUUUCUCGGACGAAUUCUGAAUACUAUCGAGCAAUUCCAUAG